AUUUGAUUAUCUUAAUCGUAAUUAUAUUAUAAACAAACAAAACAUGACACUGAGUUUCGAAAGAACUGAAUUUAUAAAAUCAUCGAAAAAUGAAAAACAGUUUCCAUAUAACAUAGUUAAUAUCAUCAGUAAUUUAAGUCAACUAAUUUGGUUGUACAAAUCGGUGUGUGUUUCAUUAUGAACCAAAGCAAUAACCACAAAAAUAUGGUGAUGAAGCUUUUUAUUAAUAGCUGACGAUGACAGUGUAAAUAAAUGAAUUACCUUUAAUUGUGAAGUCGUAAAUUUCAAUUAUAUCCUGUUCAACCAACAGAGGGAGAUGGCUUCAAUGGAUAAAGAUGAUAAGGAAGAUAGUUUACCAUCUCAUCAUGGGACUGAUCAAUCUUGGUAGGUGGCUCUAUCUGAGAAAGUAGCAAAUUAAGACAAGUUAUUCAUUAAAUUGAAGAAACAGGUUAACCAUUCUAGUUAAAACAACUCCAAGUGCAAUCGUUAACCAGUCCAUAGGAGUAAUUAUCAUUGAUUAAAGCAAACCAUCUCUUUGGUACACUAUGUUACUCCAGGAGACGUUUGUGGACUUUUCCUAACCUUUUCUCGUUUUUUUACCACAACUUUAACUGUUUCAAUUAUUGAAUUGUGUUCUAGGAAUCAAAAGUAUUGGAUUAAGUUGCUGUUUCAAGCUCGGAGAACCAUUGGAAAGAGUUAAAGGAAAUUAAAUAUUUACUAAAUUAACUAUCAAUUGUUAAAUAUGUCAGACUCAAGUGAAAACAAAUCUACAUUAGAAAGUCUUCUUACAGAUGAUCCAUUGUCAUCGUCUUUUUUUCAUUACUCUAAAGGCAAAAGACUUCAAGAAAAAAUCUCAAUAGCAGUUUGCUGUAUUUUAAUUACAAUAAAUGCCUAUUACCUUUGGUCUUAUUUUGUUUCUUCCCAAUGGCUUUCAAUUUUUUCAUCAGCCAUUUUAGGUAUAAUUUUCGCUGAUUUCAUUAGUGGCCUUGUCCAUUGGUCAGCUGAUACUUGGGGUUCAGUUGAACUGCCCAUUGUUGGUAAAGCUUUUAUAAGGCCAUUUCGUGAACAUCACAUUGAUCCAACCGCAAUUUUACGCCACGAUUUCAUUGAAACAAACGGUGAUAAUUUCAUGUCCAUUAUUCCAGCUUUAACCUAUUUGGCAAUUUAUUUUAAUAUCAAGGAGGUGAAAACAAUUGAGACAAAUUACAAUUUACUUUGUUUUAUUUUUCUACUCUCAAUAUUUAUCGCAACAACAAAUCAGAUUCACAAAUGGUCUCACACAUAUUUUGGAUUACCACGAGUUGUGGUUUUUUUACAAAAUAUUCACCUUAUUUUGCCUCGUAAACACCAUCGAACACAUCAUGUUUCACCACAUGAAUCAUGUUACUGUAUAACAACUGGUUGGCUUAAUUAUCCACUUGAUUUGAUACGUUUCUGGUACUGGUUGGAAUUAACAAUAUCAUGGUUAACCGGGCAAAAACCAAGAGAAGAUGACUUUAGAUGGGCGCGUAAAGUGAAUAGUAAAUUAAAAUGAGACGCAAAAAAAACACUUAUCAUGGCGUAGUAACAAUCAAUUUGGAUGAAACUGUUUGAUUAACACAACAAUUAACAACAAUGAUUGAAAUACUGUGUAUAUAAUUAACAAUGGAUUAUAUAAUCAGAAA